AUGUUGGAAUACAACUAUGGAUCAUGCUCUGCUUUAACUCCAGUUAAUGGAUUGGAGGUCUCCACUAUCCAGAGGCAGCGUCUGGAGCUGCAGCUUCUCAUAGCAGAACUGAAGGACCGUGACCAGGAGCUCAAUACUAUGGCAGCAGCCCAUCACAAGCAGCUGCUAUCCUGGGAACAGGACCGUCAGAGAGUACUGAUCCUGGAACAGAGAUGUGCCCGACUGGAGGAUGAGCUGGAGAAGCGUAAUGAGGUGAUCAGAGCUCUCAGUAAGCGGACGAAUGUGGCCGAAAUGAGAGAGAAAGACGUGUACAGAGAGCUCAACAGCACCCAACACCAGCUACACGAGCUGAGCCACAGACAGAUGAACACCUCCAGACAUGAGCAGGACUUGGAGGAGAGGAACCAGAGUCUGAACUCCACGGUCAUGAUGCUGUCAUCACAGGUGGGGCAGCUGCAGGUGCGCGAGGAGGAGCUCAGCUCCAUGCUUAAACUGAAGGAUAAAGAUGUGAUUGAGGCCACCAAUCACAUUUUAGAGCUGUCCGGUCGUCUGUGUGAACAAGAGAAAUCACUCGAAGAGCUGCGAACACGUGAGAGCAAAACGCUGCGAGAAAUGGAGGAACACAAACACUGUUUCAGAGAGAGCAGACACGAAAACACACAACUGAAAGCCGAGCUUCAGGAGAAAACCAUUGAGAACAACAGCCAGAGAGAAGAGCUCAUCCGCUUAAAGCAGGAAAACCAGCUGUUGAAGAAAGACAUCACUGCUGUUGAACUUCAGAUGAUGAAUGAAGAUAAAAGCUGGAGGGAUGAAUUACUUGAACUUUCCCGAUCAAAACAAGCUCGAGCCGAAUCUGAGCUGCUCUGUCUGCGGCAGGUGUGUGAAAACCAACAGAAUGACCUUCAGCUGCUAAAGUUGAACUUGGAGAGCGCCAGAGAGUCACUCCGACAUCAUGAGGGUCAAAGGUCACGGGAGAGUGCGGCAGAUCUGAGCCUUCUUCAUCUGGAUUGCCCCUCCCCCUCUCACAGAAGUAGGCGGAGCUCUGUCUGUUUACCCGAUUCUACGCUAAGCAUUGAACUCUGUGCCAAUGAUGUAGCUCGCCACGGCAAUGAGGAGGGCUACAGCUCAUCCACAACACGGUUACAGCGUCUGCUGGCUGAGUCUCAGGAAAUGGUGGCAAGUUUGGAAAGUUCUACCAAGAAAUCUGUCAGCCCGACAAAACCUCAGAGCCCAACGAACUGCGUUGCCGGUUGUCACCUCCAAAGUAACCAUGGCAACGGCAGCCACUCCCAAACCUCCACCCAUAGCCAAACACGCCGGUAAAGUGACUCCCAGAUCGAAAGCAGCCCACGUUUGCAACCUGGAAGCAAGUAAUGUGGUCCAUAAAGCCACGAGAAGCAGCGAAUCCCCGUUUACUACCAUCUUCUCUCACUGCUUCUAAAAAAAUAAAUCAGUUUUUUGCAACCAAAGAGGAGUUUUGUAAAGAUAACAAGUAGUU